AUGUUUAAACAGAUCCAUGGCAACGGCAAGCUCGAGGAGUCAACUAUAAGGUCACUAUUCCAAAGAAGUACUGGGGAUUAUGAAGCUUUUGACGUAUCAUUGUUACAAGAAGUUAAUAAGAACAUGAAAAGGUAUGUUAAUGAUUCUAAAGCUGAAUAUAGAUUACUUUGUCUAAAUUUCAAAACUCGGAAUACACGAAGCUCCCCGCCAACAGAAUUACAGCUUUCUGCGUUUGGUGAGCAAUACCAAAUGAAAGUAUUUAAACCGGAACCCGUUUUGCAUCCUGAAGCCAAGAUUGUAACGUGUGAUGGCGCAGACGAGAAAGACUGGACCGGGACUGUACCCGACUGUUUCCUGGCUGGACACCUGACCUCCCAUGACGGAACAGUGUCUCUUUCAAAUUGUGACGGUUUGGAAGGACGAUUCACCACAAAAGCGGGAGAUUUCCAUAUAAAAGAACUUCCAAAAGUCCACAACAAGCACCUUAAUUUCUCAGAUGACGAGAGGGCACUUGUAAUUGCUAAAGCUAGGUCAAACGGAAUUCCAAACGACCAGGACGAUGGUCAUCUUCCUGUAUUAAAUGACCAAAUGAGCAAAACAAAAGUUCACAGAAGACGGCGGUCCACGCACUCCAGAAAUGUAGUGGUCGAGAUGGCGGUGUACACCGACAGCAAAUACACAGAACGGUUCCUACCCAAGGAUACUUACAAGAGAAUAGAAUUGAUGAUCUUGAAAUAUAAUGGGGUACAAUUGGAAUGGUCACGCUCCAAUGAACUGGGUUACAACGUCAAAAUUCAGAUUAAACAUAUCGGCUUUAUGGAUAAAAAUCCGUUGUUUUACAACAUGUCGUCCGUCAUUGGUCAGUCGUUGAGCACUUUCUGUGCUGGGAUGAAAAACAACCCUAUUGCUUAUGAUCUAGUCUUCCUUCACACUGGAAUGAACACGGAUGUCUCAGGAAGAGCAUAUCAGUCCAGUGCCUGCAAUCCAUCGUACCGUUGUGCAGUGGAGAGUUCCAGCUCCAUCUUGGAGUACAAGGCCACUACUCAUGAAAUAGGACACAGUCUUGGAAUGUACCAUGAUCACUUAAGGGGGUGCACCGGAAAAGAUGUAGGUCUCAUGGGAGGAUAUGGAGCCGGAUGGAGUUCAUGUAGUAUCAAAGAUUUUAAUUCAUUUUUACAAAGUAGCAGUGCUCAAUGUUUAUUCAAAGAAGACGUGACUGUUUCUGAUAGUACAGGAUAUGGGCCCCUAACACCGUCCUUAAUAGGCCAGCAAUACAGUCUAGACGAAGUCUGUGAAAAUAUGUAUGGUCCCAACUUCCACUUCCGGACAUUUCCUUAUCUAGGGAACUGUGAGCAGUACAGCUGUGUAAACUUCAACCCAGGAUUCCUGUUUGGGCAGAUGUUUACCCACUAUGCAGAUAUUCCAGGUUCAUACUGCGGGACUGACAAGAUAUGUUUCAAACGGAGAUGUGUUACUUUUACUGAAGCGCGUCAAACACCGGUUGUGGUUAGACCUGGGGGGUGGGGUCCAUGGACUGCGUGGUACCCCUGCUCUAGGAGUUGUGGGACAGGAAUUACCUACAGAGGGCGGUUUUGUAACAACCCAAGCCCUCUGAAUCACCCAGACUGUGCCAGGGAUGAUGGCUACGAAGCUAAGACAUGUAACCCACAGCCCUGUCUAUUCGAUAGUUCAAACACGGACGAUCUCAUAAAUCAGAGGGCAUCUGAAGCUUGCAAAAGAUUGUCACAGAAUGGUGCGUUCGAUUCCCUGUUAUAUACUUAUGCUGGAAGGGUAUUCAAUCCACACGCUCAUGGAAAGUGCGAAAUUCAAUGCGCUCCCGUGGCCGGGCACAAAACACCAGCGUUUACCAGAUUUGGUUUGAUGCCACAAGGAACGCCCUGUCCCGGAAUACUGGAUAAGAUGGACAUCAAUGACUGGCCUCGUAGACAAGGCUACAGCGCCCGGUGUUUAAACGGCUACUGCAUGAAAUUUGGUUGUGAUGGUGUAUUAGAUGGAGGCACUUUUGAUGAAUGUGGUGUCUGUAAUGGAGAUGGCACAUCAUGUGACGUCGUAGAGGGUACAUUUACGGAGUUGUCUAACAAAGGUUCUAGAAAGGUCGUUGCAGAAAUACCAGCUGGAGCAUACAACAUUCAGUUUUCGUUUGACUACGUUUCAAUGAAGCAAAACUAUUUAGAGGUGUACACCAAAGAUGGUGCUGUUGUUUUGGCUAGCCUUAUUGGAAGCAGUUGGAUUUUUAGUGCCACAAGAAACCCUGUCACUUUCGCCGGCACCUAUUGGUACUAUUUUUUCCACGACCAAUAUCUACACACUAAAGGACCACUCACUGAACCAGCCAUCAUAAAGAUUUUCCAGAACAAAGAUUUCAACAACACCGGGAUUCACUAUGCUUAUUCUCUCCCACAUUCUGGAAAGAGUUGUCAAGGUCAUUGUAAUAAUGGAGGCACAUUUAAUACCAAAUUAUGUGCCUGUGAUUGUACCAGUGGCUUUUAUGGAAAUACUUGCAGCAGUCGAUGUAACACCUUCUGCUACAAUGGCGCCACGGUAGAUCAGUCCAACUGCGCAUGUCAGUGCAAUGACCAUCAGACCGGAAGUCUUUGUAAAUGUGCGUCAGGGUACACAGGAAUAAACUGCACGAUACAUUCAUAACAGUAAUAAAAACAGAUUCUCAAUUAUGAUUUGAAAGGUUUUGUUUUUACGAAAGAUCAGAGCACUAUCGUUCUUGAACUUUAAUUGAUGUAUCUACAAGGAGAUUCGGGAUAAUUUACAAAAUGAUGUCUCCAUUCUUAAGUAUGAAAUAAUAAUAUUUACUCAGAUCAAGGCAUACCUUUACAUGAUAUACACAUUACUUAUUAGCAUGAUGAAUCAGACUACCAAAUGGUCAAAUGAUAAAUAAUAGCCAGCUAGAAUGUGUAGA